CCUCCAGGCUCCAGGUUAGAAUAUACAGCGCAAAGAGAUGCCUGAAUAUUGUGUGACUGGAGGCACAGGCUUCAUAGCAUCAUACAUAGUAAAGUCACUGCUUGAAAGGGGACAUACUGUACGUACCACUGUUCGAAAUCCAGAGAAUGUAGAGAAGGUAGGAUUUUUAUGGGAAUUGAGGGGAGCUAAAGAGCAACUCAAAGUCAUGAAAGCUGAUUUGAUGGAAGAAGGAAGCUUUGAUGAAGCCAUCCAAGGUGUUGAUGGUGUCUUCCAUACUGCUGCUCCAGUGCUCGUGCCAUAUGACGAAAACGUUUUUUUGCAGGCCAAUUUGAUUGAACCCAGUAUGAAAGGAACUCUGAACGUCCUAAAGUCAUGCGCAAAGGCAACUACUGUCAAAAGGAUUGUAUUUACCUCUUCCUGUUCUGCAAUAAGAUAUCGCGCAGACAUCCAGCAGAUUUCUCCUCUCAACGAGUCACACUGGAGCGAUGCUGAGUACUGCAAAAACCAUAAUCUUUGGUAUGCGUAUGCAAAGACAUUAGCUGAGCAGUCGGCAUGGCAAAUGGCCAAGGAAAGUGGUCUUAAUUUGGUAGUUGUCAAUCCAUCAUUCGUGAUUGGUCCUGUGCUCGGACCACAGCCAACUAGCACACUCCUUCUAUUGCUUGGGAUAAUUAAAGGUGCAAUGGGCGAGUAUCCAAACCAGGAAAUAGGAUUUGUACACAUAGAGGACGUGGUAGCAGCGCACAUUCUGGCCAUGGAAGAAAGCACGGCAACUGGAAGGCUAAUUUGCUCAAGCUCAGUGGCUCACUGGUCUCAAAUCAUAGACAUGAUGAAAGCUAAAUACGAAGGCUACCCAUAUGAAAAUAAGUGCGGGACUCAGAAAGGAGAUGACAAGCCUCAUAGCAUGGAUACUAGCAAAAUUGAGCAACUGGGAUUUCCGGGCUUUAGAACAAUUUCUCAAAUGUUUGAUGAUUGCAUCAGAAGUUUCCAAGACAAGGGCUUUCUUUGA